AUGACCAAGUCUUAUCUCGUGUUGUUGAAUCCGGUUUCCGCGUUAUCCAUCAUAAGUGGUGAUACAGAAAAGCAACCUUUAGCUGUUGCAGACAGCAACAUUGCCAUCCCGUUCCUCCCCCUAACGUUAAAAGCCUCGCCACUAGCCAAAACCCCCGCAUCUAAACCAACUACAACCAAUAAACGCAAAGCUUCUGAGAUUGAAGAACCACAAGCUCUACCAGAAAUCGAUAGCGAUGAUGAUAGACUUAGAAUGGUCGAUCAAAAUUGUGAUCAAGUCCGUCGCAAGAUCCGUUCUUUCCUUGAGACCGGCGAGAUGAAAGUCACUGAGUUCCAAAAGAAGAUUGGUGCCAAUGGCAAAAGCUACAGCUCUUUCUUGGAAAAUAGGCUACAAGGUGUAAAACCCCCCAAGAAACCGAAAGUCAGCAAAGAAGAAGAAGAAAAGAAGUUUGACGUCUCCGAAAUUAAGCUCGAUGGAGAAUCUACCGCAUCCGUCCCCGUCUACGACAGUUGCGAUGAAGUUCGCAAGAAGAUAUCUGCCUACCUUCGCGAACCUGGUGUUACUCAAGCUAGUUUUUUGCGCGAGAUUGCAAAGACUUAUACCGAGGAGAAGAAAAUUCAAUCCAAAGUUUUGAAUGAUUUCUUAGGCAAGAAGGGUCCGACUGCCGGAAAUACUAGUUCUACAUACUAUUCUUCAUAUGUUUUCUUUGAAGCUUCGUAUUAG